GAACAUCAUUAUCCAUGACGAAUGAACGAAGAAACGGUGUCACACAGGAUAAGAAAUCUAUAAUUUUGUUUCGCAUCUCCUCCGUCCCUCUUUCUCUCAUCUCUUGAGUUCAGUUUCCGAAGUCGAUGGCCAUGACUUUAGGGUUUAUUCAAUCUGAUGCAGUUUUAGUCAGGGCUUCACGCAUCUCAUCGUCACUCUUGCCAUCAUCUAUCAGGCCUCGAAAGUGUAUUGGGGUUCAAUUCUCCCCCGCUCAAAUCCCAACCUUCCACGCAGCAAGUAGUGGCGCUCCUAGUCGCAUGUGUUCACCAAUUGCCUUCUCCAGAUCAGAAGGUGAGGAGAUGGGUUCUCAGGAACAUUAUGAGAAUGAGGAAGUCAGCACAACCGGUUCUCAGACACAUGAAGCUAGUGUCAGAGGCAGCACAUUUCAUGCUUCACAUUCCGCUGAUAAAGCACAGGAAAAACCUCAGGGAUAUAAAACUAGUACUUCAUCUAUUAAAGCUGUUGCUUUUUGCGUGUGCACUGCUGUGGCUUUCGGCAUUGGUGUGGGAUUGAAAGAUGGAGUAGAUAAGGCAUCUGAGUUUUUUGCUGGGUAUAUACUGGAGCAAAGCCUGUCAGUGGAUAAUCUAUUUGUCUUCGUUCUAGUUUUCAAGUAUUUCAAAGUUCCACUCAUGUACCAGAAUCGGGUACUUUUGUAUGGGAUUGCUGGUGCAAUCAUCUUUCGGUUGUCAUUGAUACUACUUGGAACGGCUACCCUUCAGAGUUUUGAGGCGGUUAACCUGGCAUUGGCUGCUAUUCUCCUAUAUUCAUCUUUCAAGCUAUUUGGUGGUGAAGAAGAUGAAACUGACCUAUCAAACAACUUCAUUGUGAGGACAUGCCAGAGAUUUAUUCCAGUCACAUCUACUUACGAUGGCAAUCGAUUUGUAACAAAGCAGGAUGGCUUGUGGAAAGCCACACCUUUACUUCUCACAGUAGCAGUUAUUGAGCUCAGUGAUAUUGCAUUUGCUGUUGAUUCAAUACCCGCUGUUUUUGGUGUUACUCGGGAUCCUUUCAUAGUUUUCUCUUCUAAUCUCUUUGCCAUUUUAGGUCUAAGGUCACUUUACACACUCAUUUCUGAGAGCAUGGCAGAGUUGAAAUAUUUGCAGCCCUCCAUUGCUGUUGUUCUUGGCUUCAUUGGAAGUAAGAUGAUCUUGGAUUUCUUUGGGUUCCAUAUAUCGACUGAAGCAUCACUUGGUAUUGUAGCAACAACUCUUAGUGCUGGGAUCCUGCUUAGUUUAAUGAAGCCAUCUGAUUAGUUGGAAAAGCAAUUGGAGCAAAGGGGUGGUGAAAAGUUGGUGUUCAACAUGUGUUGUUUGGUACAAUUCGGGCAAUUAAGUUGUUGCUGUUCCUGCAGCAAUUGUUUGACAAUAGAAAAAGAAAAGAUUUUGCAAUUGUAUUGUGCUUCUUGUUACUGUGGUAACCCAUGGAUGCUUAAAUGUUAUGCUACUGAGUUUAGGUGAAGAUCAACAAAAAAUAAAAUAGCUGAUAUGUUACUUUGCUCUUUUUA